UUAAUUAACGUUGUAUUAUCUAGUAAAGUUCAGGAAGCGCGCGGGUUUCCUCUUCCCCGGCCGCGUCUAACGUAAGGUAAAGUCUACGAACUUCCGCGCGAGCGGGUGGCUGCGGGAAGAAAUUACAAGUGGCGGCAAACGAGACAGGUAUCGUGUUUAUCGCGAGAUGAUUGUAUUGUUAAUCAACAUAUCCGGGGUCGCUAGAUGAUCCUAGCUCCUCCAAACUACGGCACGUCGUCACGUAACCACAGAGAGAAAGAGGGAGAUAGAGGGGAUAGAGAAUGGCUAAAUGCCAUCCAACGUACUCGAGAAACGCGGCUGUACCGAAGGCACGUUGCAGGUGACUCCCCAGCUGCGCAUCUUCAAGCGUAAUUGCAUACUAUAUAUGGUAUCUCGAAGAAUGCACGCUUUCUCUCAAUUGUAGUCAGUGUCAAAUAAAUUAAGAAUUCUUUUCUUUUCUUAUGAGAAGAUAUCGAUAUUCUCUACGUUAUAAAUGAAGAUUUUGCAUGAUUUUAAAUCUUUGAUUUACUCAAAUUUUUUUAUAAAAUUUUGGGCUAUCAUUAAGGAGACGUGUGAUAGGAGCGCAAGUUGUGUCAAGAAACGUGGCGCACACAGCGAUGAAUAUCUCACUCCUCUAAUGAAAAUUCUUUGAAACUUGGUGUUUCCAAGUCGAUGCAAAAUUCACGCAGACUGUUUUAAAAAUUUCCAACAUACUUGUACACGUUGAGCGUCUGAAGAGUUACCAAGAGCGCGAAGUUACGCGGUAGCUUCAUUAAUAUAACGAUAUGUUUUGAGAUUACUCGUGACUGCAAGAAGGCAAGAUGUGAUUAAAUUUUCAACACACGAAAUGCAAAUUUUCUCAAUUUUUAGUUUCUUCUCGCACUUUUAUUUUCCAUGACAUAUAUCAUGUUUUUAACACUUUUCUCUGAAAUAAUGUUACAAGAAAUUGAAAUUUUUUUAAGAGAAAUGGUCCUGCGUUCCAAACAUUUAAUUAAAAUUUUCGGUCUUUUUUCAGUUUUGCUGCGAGCGCUCUUGAAACACACACCGUCAUUAUAACUCCUCGUGGAUUUAUUUCGGCGGAAGAUGUAGGACGGUAGAAAGGAUUCGCGCGCGCAGCGGAGUCAAGAGCUUCCGCCGGUAUAAAAAACGAGUCUCUAUUAUCCGUAGAGAUGCACGAAAGCCUCUGGAACAUCCCGGCAAAGCGCAGGCACGUAAUCUCGAACGUGUGCGCGACAAACGAGCUCCUCCAUUAUGGUUUAUCGUUUCGCGAGUCAAAAUGGAUCGAUGGUACAGCGCGCGGAGAGUCUCCUCAAUCGUCUUCUCAGCCGAAUCGAUAUCGCGAGCGGCAACGUAUUUUUCCACUUUCGCGACAUCGCCGGGUAAAUGUUGACUCGCGCUUGUUUUAAGUUACCUCCUUGUUUUACCUUUCCUCUUUGCGUUUCUCCUCGCGCGAUUGUGAUUGCGUGGAAUGACGAAGUUUUAAUAUCGCUCAAACGAAAAGAGAGGUUGUGUGCACGCUCGUUCCUCAGCUGAUUCGCGCUACGUGCCUUCCGUUCCAUCAACGUUCUCAAUGUUAAUUGAUUUCCGCACUCGAGAGAAACUCGAUCGACUACGGAAAGGAUUGAUCCAAUCUAUCAAUCAACGUAUAUUCCGGCAGGCAGUGCUUCCUCAUAAAAUCAGAUCCAAAACGAUGUAAUUCGUUUCGCGAAAUUAUAACAUGCGAAGGGAGGGAGAAUUUUUUGCGGACAGAGAACGUUGUAGAAAGACAGAGAGUAGUCAAUCGUUCCUCCCUCCGAGCCUCGGACUUCAAUUAAAAUCGUCUUUCCAGAUUGUGUUUUCAAUUUUAGUGUGCACGCAGCGGUUUUUCUGGCCGGAUGAAAUCACAUAGCUCCAUUAUGGUUUAUCGUUUCAGUGUACUGACAGAAUUGCAGGAGAGUUUUGGAGUACGAUAUUGGUCGCGUGCCAUAUCGGCCAAUAGCACUCGCCAUUGUUGCGCCAAGCGCUAUACGCGGCGGAUUUUACCGUUUCCCCAAACCGCCACGCAAAUAUGAUCCACUUGUAUUUUUCCCCGUUCUGCUUGCUCGCAUCAUCGCUUGUUCUCUCCGAAAUAUCCGCGCCGGUUGGGACAUUUCUAGCGGAUUUUAUGAUACCUUUUUAUAAACGAGCUUAUCGUGAAACGACGAUACGCGUUGAUCUAAGUGCGCAAUCAUGCCGAGCGUACAGCGUAUAGCUUCCAUUAUAAUUUGUAAUUUGAACUCUCAAAUUAAUUCUCGUUUUGAUAAACGAGACGAUUCGAACAAAUGGUUACGUAUUACGCAAGUCUCAUACUGAUUUAAUAUUUAUCACCUUACGAAUUCGCAAAAUCAUUCUUCCAAUUUUCACGCCGCGAUAAUAAUCGGGGUGCAAACGGAUCGCAAGCGGACCGGGCGGCGCAGCCAAUUGCGAUUCGCCAACUAGUUCCGUAGUUCAGCUUCGCCAAGGAAUUAAUAAGCACCAUCGCCAGAAGCCUCCGUGUCUUUUUGCUCGCCAUUAUCCAAGAUAAACGAGAGCAAGCGAUGGGGCACUCGGCGGAUCAGCGGCGGCUAAGGGGUGGCGAAACUUUCGAAUCGCUCUUGCGUUGAAUGAAAUUCUGCGAGGGCGGACGCUUCUUGCUCGCCCGAGCAGGGGCCGCGCGCGUAUUUCGCCGUUUUCUCAGAUCACCGGGCAAAUGUUGACCCAGUUUCGUCGUCUCGGAUUGGACGUUACUCUGUCUUCCGAAAGUGCUGACUGGAAUACACGAUGAGCAUAGAAAUUACGAGCUGUUCGCCGCGCGGCUCGCGUUUAUUCCGCGCGGAAGAAAGUAUCGAGGAUCGCCAAGUCUAGGCGCGAAAUUCGGUAAAAGAUACUUGCCCUCGCAGGACCGAAUUCAUGCUUAUAUUUACGGAGAAGCUCGUUUGCGAGAUAGAACUCAUCUGAGAAUCUGAGGUUGCGUGAGAUUAUGCCAGUCUCUCGACGAGUUAACUUUAUUUGGACAAUCUCAAUCGGCAUCCCUCUUGCAUGUCAUGAAUAUACUUUACGAGGUAAAGUCGAUAGCACCCUUAAAGGGUUAAAGUAGUCGCUCUCGAGCGAGUUGAUUCAUCUCGUUUCGCGAAGGUGCCUCUUAUUACGCGUCGCGCUAUACGAGGCACCACAAAGUUUCCGCAAGCUCGCGCUAAGACACCUACGACGAAGACGCGGGUGGUUCGCCUUCAACGUGGAGUCACCCAGUCGAAUAAAGCCGCGGCUGAAUGAGAUAUAACAGGGUACUUACCUACACUGACGAGAUCUCUCGCACACGUAAACCGUAAGUCGACGCGGACGGCGCCAGAGAUGAAUAACACCCGAGCACAGUGGAUACGGCUUAAUAUAACUUUUUCCGUGUACUCCGUUCUUCUUCGCGCGCCCUUCUCCCUUCUUCUCAUUUUAGCCUUUUCACCGUCGUCGAGCAACGGAGACGGAUACGCGACGACGGUGGUCGUGGCGUUUUCUUCACGAGAGAUUCGAGUAAUUUGAACGUACAUCUGCGCGUCAGGUAAUGGGAUGCAUCGUGCUUCUCGAGCCAGCCCGAUGUCCCGCGUAACACAAAAUGGGAGAAAGAGAGGAAGAGAGGAAUGCCAGUACAUCCGAGAUACAUUUAUCCACAAAAAUUUUUAUUUCAAAUCCUCGAGCAUGCUGCUUUUCUUCUCGUUCUCGAGAACGGCAGAAAUCUUGCCGAGAAUAACCGCAGGAGAGAAAAGGACGCUGCUCGGUAAAAAUGAAAAUUGAAAUACAAAGCUACUUCAGAUUUGAAUUUCAUUACAGGCGUGUCGCGAGCAAAUUCCAGUUUAUAUCUGAACCACUGUUGUAUGAUCAAAAUAAAAAAUUUUAAAAAUUUCAUUUCUCGGAAAUCUGCUAGCAUUCGGACGACAACAGAACAAAAGCUCCUCGCGAGUAUCCUACGUUCAAGAUGGAGUUCUGCACGGUGCGUCUCGUCUAUAUUCUUCUCGUUCUAUCCCGCGUGUCGACGAUCACUGUGACACCAUCACCGCCAACAAUCGAAUCCACCAGCGUCCAGACCACCACUUCCGGCAACUUCACCACGGGUACGACCGAUGAGAUGGAGAUGCCGAGGGUGCCCCUGACCGAGCAGGUUAUGGAUGUGAAUAUACGGAUGAGCGAUGUGCCCGACGUUGAUCCGGAGUCGACGGACGUGCCGGACUCCAGUCUCGACAGGAACCGGGUGAUCCGCGACAUUGCGUACUACAUCCGCGCGCACAAGUUCCACGACUUUGAUCGUCGGUAUUACAAAAGUGCGGAUCAGGCCGCGGUCAGGUUGUACGAGGAUUUUCCGAGGCCCGGCUUAAGGUCAUUGCACUGGGAGGUGCGCAAGCACUGCGACGUGAGUUUCUUCGAGUGCCUGAAGUAUCUCGAAAGGAUGGUCCGACUGACGACGCUCAAGCGCGAGGACGAUACAAUCACAGUGAUGCGACAGCGGAAGUGGAGCCCGACGAACAACACUGAGCAGAUACUGGCCACUCAAAGGGACUGCCAGAUGGCCCAGAAGCGAGACGACCUCACCGCGGCGCCCUUUCAGGGUCCGAUCGAACGCUUCCAGUGGCGUACUACUGUCAGCUACUACAUGUGCUGGUACACGAUGCUGGGUGUCCCGGACUUGGCCACUUUCGGCGAGCCUUGCGACAAUCACGCCAACUGCCUUGACGAAUACGGCGUUCGUAACAAGGAUCCGCGGGCGGAUGACACGAAACCGUUCGCCUGCGCCCUAUACAGUUUCUGUCCGGACCAUUGUUGUUCCAUGAAGCACAUCUGGUACAUGAAAGAUUGUUUCCAGUCGCGGCACAAUCCCUGCUACGCCGAGAAUCGGCCAGCGCAUCGGAAGUGCACGCUGAACCGGGACGAGAAUCGGGACUUUCAAGCGCUCAGGGCGAACCGGAUAAACGUGAGUUGCGAGUGCCAUCAGCCUGGCUACGAAUGGUCUUCCAGAUUCGGAUUAUGCGUAGACGUCAACGAGUGCACCCGCGGCACGCACAAUUGCACGCUGGAUGUCGAGAGCUGCAUGAACCUACCUGGUCAUCACGUGUGCAUCUGCCGACUCGGUAACAUCUACGAUUCGAAGAGGAAACGGUGCGUCCACAGUCCUGAAAUAGAAAGAAUAUUAAAAGCUGGCAUGGAAGAACCGCAAACGAUCAAAAAAACUCGAAGUCUGCUGGACAAGGUUAUUCAAACGAUUAUCAAAUCCGCCGCAAGCAAUUUUGCGCAUAACAGCAUCAAGUUCAUAUUAAUCGCAUCGAUGAUAUGCAGUAUAUGAAUCUCAUUAUUUUUUAGUUCAACUUUUUAUAUUGUGUGACGGCGAUUAUUAUAAUGUUAUUCACAGGAAAAUGCUCAACACUAUGCAAUUAAGAAUGUUUGUAAAUAGAUCUUAAAAUACUGUUGGGUUAAAAACUGAAGUGAACACUUAUCUUGUUUUGUACUUGCUAUAAAAUAUUUUUAUUACUCAACGCGUAGUUAAUUGCUUAUAAAUUUUCUUAUAUGGCUCAUGGACAGGUUGGAAAACAAUUAUAAGACAAUAAGCGAUAAAUAUGUAACGCGCAUAGAUGUAGCCAAUUACAAUAAAUCUACAACACUGUUUCUGCAUAAUUGAUAAUAUAAUACGAAAUGUAUAAUAUGAAUAAAAUAUAAAAUGUAAA